AUGGAAAGUAAGGUGAGCAAGGUUCGGCAGAAUGAACCUUUGAAUAAAAUACAGAAUAAAAAUAAUUGCAAUACUAUUCGGUACAUAUCGUUUAAUGUCAAUGGUGCUAAGACAUUGUUCAAUUAUCAUCCAUGGAACCAACUUCAACAGAACUAUGAUCUCUUUUUCAACCUGCUUGAGGGGGACGUAGUAUCACUCCAGGAGUUGAAACUUUCACCAUCAAAUAUAUCCAACGUUAAUAUCGGUAACCUAACUAAAUUCAAGUCCUUUAUUUCGCUUCCAAAAACCAAGAAAGGCUAUAGUGGAGUUGGUUUGUUUGUACGAAUUCCAGAAACAGACGAACCGGAGAUCGUUAGACACAAUUUAACUGUCGUAAAAGCAGAAGAAGGUCUUACAGGAUUUUUAAAUUCUGCUGAUUAUCCUCAGUCAAGGUAUAGAGACUUAGACAAAGAAUUACUGAUAGGGGGAUAUCCAGAAGAAAUUGAUGAAGUGAAAGGAUUAAAGAUCGAUAGCGAGGGCAGAUGCGUUUGCAUUGAGCUUGCAAGUAAUAUCAUAGUAUUCUCAUUAUAUUGUCCAGCAAAUUCUAUUGGUUCUGAAGAGGGUGAGUCGUAUCGACUUGAAUUUUUGAAGAUCUUACUUGGCAGAUGCCAUUACUUAAAGCAUAUUAUGGGAAAAGAUGUUAUUAUAAUUGGUGAUAUUAAUGUGAGUCUUGAUUUAAUAGACCAUGCGGAUACAAUGAACGAGAAGGUGAAGCAAAAGAUUGUAAAACCCGUCCGUAACGGAGAGGGAAAUAGUGGUACAGAGUUUGAAAAGAUCAACUACAAACAAUGCAUAGACUUCAAGGUUUCAACCCCUGCUAGGAAAUUGCUAAACUCGUAUACGAUUUCAACACUAGAUCCAUCUCCUGCAAAUCGCUCAGAAUCCCAGUUUCUUUAUGAUACAACAAGAUAUACACAGGGAAGAAGGAUGGGGAUGUAUACAGUGUGGAACACUUUGACGGGAGCCAGACAAUCAAAUUAUGGAUCGAGAAUUGAUUUAAUUUUAACAAGCUCUGAUGUCUUAUUGAAAAGCAUUUCCAAAGCAGACAUUUGGCCAUAUAUUAUGGGUUCUGAUCAUUGUCCGAUUUUUACGGAUUUUGAAAUUCGAGAUUCGAAACAUUUGCACGUAACAGGCCCAAUUAAACUUAAGUUUGAAGCUAGAUUAUUCUAUAAACUUGUCAAACACCGCGAUAUAUCUCAAAUGUUUAGUGUUGGUCAGCCGAAGAAUAUCAAAUCAGACACAGAAAGUGACUCUUCAUCAAAGAAAAGGAAGAUAGAAUAUGUCAGUAGAAAAACAACACCAGUUCCUAAAAAUCAACAAACAUCGAUAGGUAAUUUCUUCUUCAAGGAGAAUUCGAAUUUACCUAAAGUAGAAAAUGGCCUUGCUUCGCAUCCCGAGACGGAACCUGUCAAUACAUUUAUAAAUGAACCUGCCUACAUGAAGCCCACAUCGAUUAUUUCGAUAUCAAACUUAAUACAUGGUGAAGCUCCUGAAUGCUACCAUGGUGAUAAAUGCAAAUUAAAAACCAGCCUACUGAAUACCAAGACUCGAGGAAAAAAGUUCUGGUGUUGUCCAAGAACUACAAAAGCUGAGGCUGGAAAUGAAAACGGUUCUAAAAUAGGAGAACACCAAUGUUCAUUCUUCAAAUGGGUGAAAUAA